CCUAAUAAACUUGACAUUUUGACAUUCGACGUCAAGAAUUUUUAGGUUAGGUAUAGGAAAAUCGCUGAAAAUCCGGUUUAUUUUAAGUGUGCAGUGAAAAAUAUAAGUUUUAAAAUGAUUGUCCUACGUAACCUGACAAGGUAUUUUCAUUCCUCUGCAUCUUGUACGGCCGUAGAGAAGUCAGCUUUAGCUUCUCUACGUAAGAAAACAGGAUAUACCUUUGCCAAUUGCAAGAAAGCACUAGAAAUGCACCACAACGAUCUCAACAAAGCUGAAUCAUGGUUAAAAGAACAAGCACAAACUUUGGGAUGGUCAAAAGCUACAAAAUUAGGAGGUAGACAGACUUCACAGGGUUUGAUUGGGGUGUAUGUCGAUAAUAAUGAUGGUGUUUUGGUUGAGGUUAACUGUGAGACAGAUUUUGUAGCUAGGAAUCAGGAAUUUGAGGAUAUGGUAAGGGAGGCAACAGAGGCUUGUAUGAAAUAUGCAAAGAGCAGUCCUAAGUCGCCGAAUGCUGUUACAAAGAUUGGAUUGGAUAGUGAGCAAUUUAGAGCUUUAAAAACUAAAGAUGAUAAAACUUUAGCUGAUAAAUUAGCUCUAGUAAUUGGUUCAGUAGGUGAAAAUGCCACAUUGAAGAGGGCAGUAUGUUUAAAAGUCAAUAAUGAUGUCAGUUUGGAAGGUUAUGCUCAUCCAUCUGGUAAAUCCAGAAACAACGUUCUUCUAGGCAGAUUAGGAGGAAUAGUGGCGAUAAAAUCUCAAAACAAUUCGCAAGAAAAUUUGGAAGAGAUUGCCAAAGGUUUAUGCCAGCACGUGGUGGGCAUGGCCCCCAAAAGAAUAGGCAAUCCUGAGGGCGAACCGGCAGAAAACAAAGACGAAGAAGAUUGUUUAAUUUUUCAGGAAUAUUUGCUGGAAGAUGGUGUGAAAAUCAAAGAUUUCCUGGAGGAAAACCAGGUGGAGGUUGUUGAUUUUAAGAGGUUCGAAUGCGGGGAGACAUUGGAGGUUGUGGGUGAUCAGCCUUUGGAACUAUUGGAGACUUGCCAGUAAUGCUGAUGAUUAUUUUUUUUUUAAAUAAGAAAAUUCUUGUUGUUUAUGUUUAGUAAAUAUUUAUUAUAUUGACU